GAAUGGUUCCUAAGCAAUAUGGUGGACGGAAGUAGACAUCUUUUCCCAGAGAACGAAUCAGAUAUGAACAAUUCAUAAACCCAGUUACCCAGUUGGAUGACUCAGUGAAAUAUGGUGUAGUAGUUACUGUAUGUAGUUUUUACCACUAAUACCCAUGGCGGAGAAAAAUGACUGGAGUAUGUUAUCGAAAAAGGAGCUGUUAGAAAUGUUAGGAAGACAAGAAAAGCUUCUUGCUAACAGGGAGUUGUUACAAAGCCUUCCCGACAAAGGAAUAAAGAUAAGCGAGACAGUCAAUCGACUUAGGGAGCUGAUUGUUCAGAAGGAAAAGCUGGAAGACACGUUUACAAAGUUUGAGAAGUUGACUGUGUCACAGCUUGUUCAAAGAACAAGAGUUGAUUUGGUAGACAGCACUAUCGAUAGUGACGAUAAUGAUGAAAUGUUGGUGGAGUCAGAUCACCAAGACACUGCUGAUGUACAUCAAAAACUUAACAAGUACAAACAUGAGAAAACAAUGGAUUCAGAGUCUCCAAGUGGGACAUGGGAUUAUGAGUCAGCAGUAACUUCCCAAAAUUAUAAGUUAGAGAAAUCAAAGCCAAUUUCAUUAGAAGAAUCAUUUAAACUUCUCCAAGAACAAGAGAAAAGACAAAAGGAUCUUCAAGCUCAACAAGCAACAUUGAAGCUAAGAGAAACAAGCCGUGAGGUUAAAACAGAGUACCCAUCACAAGUUUUGAAUCCUCUCCAAUAUCGAGAAACAGUUCAGGAGGAUCACUCUGGCGAUGAAAGUGACUCUGAAGAAUAUGAUGCAAGGCGCCUUGAUAUGGAUAGUGAUGAUGACCACAGUGAUGAUGGUGGUUAAAAUCCUUUGAAUCCCAAAGAUAUCAU